UCCGGCGGUUCCCUGGUAACAAUGGAGAAGGAAAUGGCUGCCUGAGCGACGUGCAAGGCAGCGGCUGUCCUCUCUCGCUGAGUCUCCCCAACUAGACAUAGACGCCUGUGGCAGGAGGCGAGGAAGGUCGCCGCAGGCCCUGCGAGGGAGGCGCGUCCCACCAACGACCCUUAGGCUUUGGGGAUUACUGAAAAGGAAAGAAAAGAUGAAAGUGUUACAGCGAUACAGUGAGUGAAGAAAGAAACAUGAAGAUUUUGGAGCUUGGAGAAAGAGGAGCAAAGUACACUGUGUUGUGGCUGUUGAAUGAUGCUUAAGUUACCUUGACCUCUUAUUAUCAAAGAUAAUUUUCCAUUCAUUCAUCACAAUGGAAAGCUCAGAUGCUAAUGAUAAAGGAAAUGUUGAUCAAUCUGAAGCCCAGCGUAGGCGGCAACUGGAUCGAUUGGAUCGGGAAGAAGCUUUCUACCACUUUGUAAAUAAUCUGAGUGAAGAAGAUUAUAGGCUUAUGAGGGAUAACAAUUUACUAGGUACCCCAGGUGAGAUUACUGAAGAAGAAUUAUUAAGAAGACUUCAUCAAAUUAAAGAAGGUCCCCCACAACAAAACAAUGAUGAGAAUAGAGAAUCAGCAGAUGAUGUCUCUAACAGCGAUUCCAUCAUAGACUGGCUUAAUUCAGUCCGACAGACUGGAAAUACAACCAGAAGCGGACAGAGAGGAAAUCAGUCUUGGCGAGCAGUGAGCAGGACUAAUCCGAACAGUGGUGAUUUCAGAUUCAGUUUGGAAAUCAACGUGAACCGUAAUGGGACCCCGAAUUCAGAGAAUGAAAAUGACCCGACUGCAGAACCGUCCAUUGGAGAAGAUAUAGAAAACAAUAGCCCAGCUGACGUGGAAACCUCAAGAGCUGAGUCGCCAUUUAUCAGGCAGCACGGACCCGAAAGGAACGUCCUGGAGGAAUUAACUGAAGAGGUGUCUCUUCCCAGAGGUCAGAGAAGGGCAAGAAGCAGAAGUCCAGAGCAACGGAGGAUCCGAGCGAGGACUGACAGAAGCAGAUCACCUUUGAUUUCAGUAACUGAGCUUCCCCGAAGAGGCCAUCACAAUGUCACAUCUCAGACUUUGGAGCAUUCUGUGGGAAAUGAGGCUGAGGGCAGUUCUAGAACCAGGCAGCAUGUGACAUUGAGACAACACAUGAUGGGCACCGAACUGUCAAAUGAAAAUGCCAUUUCAUUUUCAACUUCUGACAUGAGAAAUAUCCCUCAGGCAUCAGGUUCUUCAGAAACCAGUGGGAGUAGUGAACCUCUAGCUCCUGGACAGAGACCUCCAACUAUAGUCCUUGAUCUUCAAGUGAGAAGAGUUCGUCCUGGGGAAUAUAGACAGAGAGACAGCAUAGCUAGUAGAACUCGGUCAAGAUCUCAGUCGACAAAUAACACGGUCACUUACGAAAGUGAACGUGGAGGGUUCAGGCGCACAUUUUCACGUUCAGAGAGAGCAGGAGUAAGAACUUAUGUGAGCACUAUCAGAAUUCCUAUCCGUAGAAUCUUAAAUACAGGUUUAAGUGAGACUACUUCAGUUGCCAUUCAGACAAUGUUAAGGCAGAUAAUGACUGGUUUUGGUGAAUUAAGCUACUUCAUGUACAGUGAUAGUGAUACAGACCCCAGUGGCCCAUCCUUAAGUCCAAGUCUCGAAGACCCAGAACUUCAGAAUGCAGGCUUGGGUAGUAGCAGUAGUGGAGGUGGCAUUAGUGCUAGUACUAGUGCUGGCGGAGGUGCCAGUAGCAGUAGCAGUAGCAGCUCCAGCAUUGAAAGUUUAGAUGCUAACUCUGAAUUAUAUGAUGGUAGCAACGAAGGAAGCUCAUCUGGCGUUAGACGGGAAGGUAGAACUAGAGACAGGAGUUCGGUCACUUUUGAAGAGAGCGGUUCUUUGCCUUUCCUUAGUCUAGCUCAGUUUUUCCUCCUAAAUGAGGAAGAUGAUGACCAACCAAGAGGACUCACCAAAGAACAGAUCGACAACCUGGCAAUGCGAAAUUUUGGUGAGAGCGACGCAUUGAAAACCUGUAGUGUUUGUAUUACCGAAUACACUGAAGGCAACAAGCUUCGGAAACUGCCUUGUUCUCAUGAGUACCACGUCCACUGCAUCGACCGCUGGUUAUCAGAAAAUUCCACUUGUCCCAUUUGUCGGAGAGCAGUCUUAACUUCUGGAAACCGAGAGAGUAUUGUCUAACUGAAUUCUGGACUUGGAGCUAUCUGGCUGUUUAGAGUGAUGGGCAAAACCUGAAAAUAGAUGUCACUUGCUUUAUGGCCACUUUUUGAGUGGUGUUAAGUGUAAUACCCUGGAGUGCAUCUUUGCUUCCAAUAAAAUGUUCACCCCUUUCCCAACUCUUAUGUGAAAUAAAAGCCAGUUACUUUAAACAGCAACGUUUUAGGGCCCGGAAAUCUGACUUUGAGUAUCAAUAAGUAUCUAUUUUAUUGAACAUAAUUUUAUCAUAAGUAUUUUUGGUUUCUCUUACUUAUUUUAAAAGAUAUGUCUUAGUGAUGGUUCCUCUCAGUUUCAUUUUGAUCUUGAAAGAUCUAACCCCGUCCCAUCCAGGAGAGAGCCGUGUGAAAUGGAAGCCCAGGUUGGAAUUAGAUUUCAUGUAAAUUUUUUUUUUUUUAACAUUCAAGCUCUACUAUCUCCAGCCAUUAGUUUAAAUUCAUCUAAAUCAAUAAUAUAAUUUGUUAUAAUUACAGAUUAGAUGGGCAUGUCAGUGUAAAUAACACUAAAGAUAGGGUCUUCUAAUUGUAUAGCUAUCUCCUAAGCCAAUCACUGGCACACACUGUAGAGUGAGCUGUGAUAGUUUAAUUGGGAUAUUUAUCUUGUUGUGGAAAUAAUAAAAAUGCCUAUGCUUGUUUAAAUAAAAAUCACUUGGGGGGUGGGGUUAAAAAUGUAAGGCUUUUUUUGUAGAGGCUCAAUACUCUUUCCAGUACAGUGUUGUAUUCAUUGAAAAUUUUAAAAAGCACUAUGCUUAGAUGUAAAAAGAUGACUUUUCAAAUGAGGGCCAGUAUCUGUAGAAACACACACAAUGAUACAAAGCUGUUUUUGUUACAUAUAUGACUGUCAAGAACAGCUUAUCUAGAAUUAUUCCUUUAUGUGAACAGCUGCAGUAACCUGAAAUGAGCAGGACAAAGUUCAGAACUGAGUCCUAUAAUUGCAUUCAAGACCAAUAAAGAGCAUUUUAGUGAUGAGAUUUGAAGCUUCGGGAAUGCCAGCAGAAAGGAGAUGGGUAGGGUUGGGUAGCAAGGGGGUCAGUCGAAGGAGAGAAAGCUCUGAAGAGCUUAACUUGCACUUGGUUAGGUGUAGUCAUUCCAAUGUGCCAGUUUUACACAAAGAGGUCAACACAGGCUUGAUGCCUUUCUAUUAAUAGUAGGUGAAGGUGCUGUGUUGAAUUUUCAGCAAUUUUGAUGGGAGUUUUUGGUUUUUUUUUUGUUUUUUGAAUAAAAAACAAAAAACAAACCACACAGGACAGAACUGAACUUUUCACGACUCUCUCUCUCUCUCUCUCUCUCUCUCUCUCUCUCUCUCUCUCUCUCUCUCUCAACAAUAUUACAGGCUAAUCUGCCCAAAAAAGUGAUAGUGGAGGUGCAGGACUUAAAACACAUUUUAGCAGAAUUCUAGCUGCUAUAGACAUGUGCUCUGAAUGGAAGAGCACUGAGGUUUUGUCAUUUCAGAGUUUUGCUAUUUAAAGGUUAAAACGUGCUCAGUCUAUCUUAUUUACUGUCCCUUUAAUAUAGAUAUACCAUCUUAGCGUUUCUUCUUUGAAAGUCCAUUUAAAAAGUUAAGCGCCGCUCCCCCUCCCCCAGUUUGUUGAAAGUGUUAGUGAUAUUGGCCUAUAUUUGAUAUUCAGAGUUCACAUGUGCUGUUCAUUCCUGUAGUUGAAGAUGUCGCUACUGAUAUUCCCUUCCUCUACCCACUAGCAGUAGAAUACAAGCACACCUUUAGCUUGUUUCCUUGGUAGCAGGGAAGGGUUUGUGAUAGUGCCCAACCACUUGUAUGGUACCACUUGUGACCAACAGAUGCACCUGAGAGCUCUGCCUUGGGGGAGCUUAUGGAACAGGAUUUGGGGCUACUUUUUAAACAGUGCAAACUGGCCCAAAUUGGGGUUGAACUUGGGUCCUUGGCCUUAUUUGAGCAGCAUUUCUAACCAGAUGGGCUGGGGGGGCCAGGCAUAUUCAAAUGUCCUUCAAAGUAAACGACUGAGUCUGCUUUGGACAUUACCUGGGUACCUUAACCAGCAUUAGCCUGGCAGUUUACUAAGAAUUUGUGCUGCUCUUGCAAUGAAGCCCCCCCAAAUCCAAACAAAGCCUCAUUUCGUAAAAAGAGUGAGCAGAGGUCACUUUUAUGUCGUAUCCGUGAUGAAUUUUAUCUUUUAAAAAAUGAAAUUGGACAUUGAAGAUUGAGAAUUCCAUUCCAUUCUGGAGCACAGCCUUGCUUUCUUUUCAGAGGGUGUGCAAGCCACUCUUUGCAAAUCCACAGGGGUGGUUUUCUGAUUGGCUAGAAAUGAUCUCCUCUCUGUGGAACAUUCCAUUGCAUGGGGAGGAAGUGGGAAAUGUUCAGCCUCGGCUGGCUUUGAAACAAAUGCAGCACGUUUUAGGCAUAAAAGCAGCUUUUAUUGAGGACAGGCCACCUCUAGCCAUCUACCUUCACCUUCUAUGAUGUAUUCUUUUAGCAAGUAUUAAAGAAGUGGGUCCUAGAGAAUGUUAACACUAAUGAACGAGGUUGUGGGAGCUGUUCUCCAUAGGCACUGGAAACAGUUGGAGUUUUUGUUUUGCAGUAGAAUGCACAUGACGCUUCUAACGUGCAUGUUGGAGGCAUCUUUUUCAGAAGCACUCAUUUACUCUUCCAUUGGAUUGUGAAGUGGGGUUUACUACUUAAUUAUAAAUACUUUAUUUUUUAACUUUACAAAAUUUGUAACUUAUGUAUCUUACUGGGAAUAUGGAGAUUGACUUAAGCCCUGAUCAUUAGCAGGGGUUAGAUGUACAGUGGAGAGCAAAAUUUGCUAUCUGUUUUCCCAACUAGCAGCUGAAUGCCUAUUGUUUUGAGGGCCUGUUCUCUUUUUAAGAGACUAUGCUUCAUUGUGCAUCUGUAGCUUUAGUUAAUUGCGUAACAGUUCUCUCUUUAAAAUCUGUAUGCAGUAAUAGCAUCAAGAUAGAGGCAGCAUUAUAUAGUGGAUAGAGAGCCGGCUUUGGGGCCAGAAGCCCUGGGUUCGAGUCCUCACACACACACUCGCUCACACUCAAUCUGUGACCCUGGGCAAGUUCAUUUAACUAACCUCUCAGUGCCCAGGGCAACUUUCUCUGACUAUUACUGAGGAGUUGUGCAGAGGAAGAGAAUAGAGAGGGAGUUUCCAUGCUGGAAGCUCCCCACACCAAUGGAAUCGGGUCUGGGCCAAGCAAUGACAACCACAAAAAACACCCUCAAGAAAUGAGAUUUAACUAUUAAGUUUAGAGGAAUACUGAAAACCAGAAAGAAUUUUCUGGAGUGUUUCCAUUUUAAAUAAUGAAAAAUGUGUUGAAGGCUUUUUGUUUUGACUCUAAGCAAUUGAUCAACAGAGAUUUGUUAGUGUUAGGUUCUACAAGUGCAAGCUUUCUCAGUAACAUUUGAUAAUGAAGCACUUGGAAGAAUUGCUCAGAAAAGAACACCUCCCUCCGUGUAAAUGGGGUUCUGGAAGGUUUGCUUGAUUGGAGGGAGAUAGAUAGGUUGUUUCUGUUACAUUAGUAACAAAGAGAUUAAGGCUUUUAGGAUUUCAUUUGACUCCAUGAUCUUUUUAAGCUGUUUUCUUCUCAGAUGUUGACCUUCAUCUGAAUCUUUAGAAACUGGUUGGGUAUUAGCAUUCCUUCAAGUAAUUUUUCCACUUCUCAUUGUACUUUCCCUGCCCCACCUUCCUCUUCCCCUCCAAAAAAACCCCAUAAAAUCCUUCUGUUGCUUAGUGUCACGAUGUCCGAAAUUAUACUUAUUUGAGAUAUGAUUUCUCUUUACCAAAUGGGGAUGACUUGAAGAAGGCUAUCUUUAGGCUUGGUUGUUUUCCAAAUAUCUGUCUCCCAGGGAGGGGAAAAAACCCAAAGCUGUCCUCGCUAUGGUCAGUUCUUUCUUGAACUGGCUUACAGUGACACCUUGUGGCCAUUUUGACACCUCUCCAACAAGGGAGGAUUUUCGGAGUCUCAAAAAUAGGAUAGGUUUUCUGCCUUAAAAGAAAAAAAGAAAAAGGGUUUUCCCUUCAAUGAUUUCCUUGUCAAAAAUCAUUACUAAUUUUGAAGUUCAAAGAAGCCAAAAUAUGCCUGGCAUGUCUCCUGGCAUGGAGCUAACUGGGGACUAGAUCAUGUCCUUAAACACAAAGCCAAGGCACCUGUUUUUAAGGUAGAAUGCAUUUCAGUAUUUUUUUGGUGAAUAGUGCAGUGCUGUUACCUACCUGGUUAUGGGUAGGUUAAUCAUGUACUUGUGAUUGGAGUGGGGAGGGGGUGACCCUUUGGGACAAAGAGGCAACGUCAUAUGGUGAUUGGAAAGAGAAAAGCCCUUUUUGACUCUCAGAAUCCUAAGCUAAUGGUGGUUUGCUGCCUGCCCUUUCUUUAACUUUCCAGUUUUGAAAUCAAGGGCCUUUGGUUUCACCGAAACUUUUCUAGCGAUUUUCCUGAGUGAGUUGUUUGCACCAUUUUAUUCAGGUGAGAGCAACCGAAAGUUUCUGGAGUUUGGGUUCAGCCCUCUGAUGCACCAGUGCGGCAGUGCCGUUAAGGUGAUGGUGCAACUCGGAAGGCAUUCUGUUCCUGUAACCUUUUUGAUUAUAGUCUCUUGUCAUUUCUGUAGGCACCAAAUCACGUGUAUAAAACCUGUUCCCAAAUACAAUUGCAGUGAGGAUUUGUUUUUUGUUCUGAAGACAACUUUCAGAAAGCACACCCAUAGGUUGCAUUAUUGCCACCUGGGUUGAGAGAGAAAUGUGUGUAUGGGUGUGUGUAUGGGUGUGUAUACACACACCCAUACACACACAUAUAUAUGCACAUACACACAUAUAUACAUACAUAUAUAUAAAUAUAUACAUAUAUAUAUUUGAGAUGCAGAGGUGGUUAACAAUCCUAUUAUGCCACACUGUGCCUUGGUAUUUUCAAGGCUCCUCUAGCAGUCCCUGUCUUGUAUACUUACUGCAGUACCUUGCAAGGUAUGGCUGCAUCAGUUCCCCAGCGUUCAUUCUGAAUAGUUAGUGCUCCUUUACUAACACCCUUAUCCUGCUGUGCUUUGAUGUGGGCACCUGAAGAGCCCUGAGAUUUUAUCUCCUAUUAGCUCCUGUGUUCUGGUGCUGCUUUAGGGAGUAGGGUCAAGUCAUACUAUCAAGUAACUAGUCCAGUAGGUGUGCAAUUGGCUUCUGUAUCUGCCUGUUUUUAUCUUCUCCCGGGACGUGCUGCUAUGGGUAGAUGUUUACUUGGGUCUGUGUCAAAAAACUGGGUGACAAACCUGGGAACUUUCUGAAGCCCAUGAGAACCUGGGGAUUGGGAGGGGAAGAGCAACUAACACUGGCUUUGUGUCUGUGUGCACAAAGUGUAGAAAUGUCUGUUGUGUGAAGACUAACCAGUACUUGUCAUCCCACGGCUUCCUGACCUGCAGGAGAGGCUUUCCCUCCUUUCAUUCCAGAAACAGAAUGGAGCUCAGAAUGAAUUUAUUUGGCUGCCUUGCUUUCUGUGGUUUCUCGUUUUUCCUUCGUUUUGACCUGAACUCGACACUCCUCCAGCAGACCUUUUAGUUGGGAAGUCCUGUGUUUAAAUGAGAUUGUAUUGCAUUUCCUUUUUUGUACGAUGUUUUAAAUCUGUUAAAAAUGUACUUGUUUAUUUCAAAGCAAAAACCCUGAAGGGCCAUAUUAAAACAGUUUAUUCUUGAUAGUUCUCUUUUGGGAGGAGUUUAUUUCCUAUGUAAAUGUCAUACUGCAAAUUUAAAUUAGAGUCUAUCAAUAAAAUGCAUGAAGUGAU